CGCCCGCGCGCGGAGGAGAGCCGGAGACCGGCCCUAAGAUGGCGCCGGCGCGCGGGCGGGCGGGGCGCAGGGGGCGGGGCGGGGCCACCGGGCGCGCCGUGCGGCGUGGAGGCGCCGACUCGCGCCCAUGGCUGGCGCACCGGAGCCGGGCGAGGCCGCGGAAGGGAAGCCCUUUAAACUCCUAGGAAUUUUAGAUGUCGAAAACAUUCCCUGUGCACGGGAUUCAAUACUAUAUGGUUCAUUAGGAUCUGUUGUGGCUGGCCUUGGACAUUUUUUGUUAACUAGUAGAAUUAGAAAAUCAUGUGAUGUUGGAGUAGGAGGAUUUAUCUUGGUGACUUUAGGAUGCUGGUUUCAUUGUAGGUAUAAUCAUGCAAAGCUGAGAAUCCAGGAAAGACUUGCCAGAGAAGGAAUUAAAAAUAAGAUUUUAUAUGAAAGUACCCACCUUGAUCCUGAAAGAAAACCAACCAAUGGCAACAACAGCAACUGAGCAGAGUCUUGAGAACAAAGCUGAGGCCAACUAUAUAUAUAAACAUUGUAUGUACCAUAAAGCUUUCAAUGAAGUAAAUAAAGUUAUGUGUAAAUGGUA